AUGGGACAGCUAUUGCCACAGAGUUUACAAAAGCCACCAGCUAACAUAUGUACUUCAUCUAGUAUUCCCCCAAGCAACCGGUCUAAGGUGAAGUCCUCAGUGCAGCGCGGCCUGCGCCAAAAGCUGCUGGAGACAUACCCCGGCUUCGAGCCGUACAUUGAAGAUGUCAUGCCCAAGAAGGCGUCAUUGGAAGCCGUGAAACUACCCGAUCGCGUGACCCUCUACACAAUAGACUCAACCCCUCUCUUCUUCCAACCCAUCGACGGACCCCCAGUCCCCCACCUCCGCCUCAUCCACGCCUACCCCUCCGCCGUCCCGACCAUUCAAAUCGACCGCGGCGCCAUCCGCUUCGUGCUCUCCGGCGCAACGCUCAUGGCUCCUGGUCUCACCUCCCCCGGGGGCCGUCUACCUGAUGCCGAGCAUGCGAUUGAGGCUGGGCAGAUCGUUGGUGUCAAGGCUGAGGGGAAGGAGGAGAUUUGUAUGGUUGGUAUGCUGAAGGUUGGCACCGAGGAGAUUAAGAGUAAAGGGAAGGGAGUUGUUAUUGAUGAGGGCCAUUAUCUUGGUGAUGGACUUUGGAGAAUGCAUUUGGAUUAG